UUGUCUUAUUUUGAUGGGGUGUAUUUUGAGUAAUUCUAGAACUUGAUAGAAAUCAUGAAAUGUUAUUUAGUCUUUAUUAAGAACCUUAUUUUGAGGUAGAUGACAGAGUUUUAUUAUGAAUAUUAAGUAUGAAUGUCCCUUUGAUUUUGGAUAUUUUUCUAUUUUUUAGUAUUUUUGUAUGUUGUUGAAGUUUAUGUUUAAUUUAUACAUGCUUUUUAAUUUUCCGCUAUAGCAUUUUCCGCUAUAUUCCGCUAUAGCAUUUUUUAGGGUCGGCGCUACGCACCGCUAUCCGAGAUUAACUACAUAGAUUGGAAUUACUUAUCUUCCACUUUUUUUAUUGCACCUAAGUCUUUGAGUCCAGCUACAACUUAGGCCUAAAUGAAUAAAUGUGAAGUGCUAGUGAAGAUGUGUAGCAUAUGAAGUGCUAGUUAAGAAAUUGGUUACGUAGUUAAUUAGGACAAAAGCAAAGCACAUACCGGAGUCACUCACUCUCAACCUCCGUCAUCACCGCCACAAACGACGGACCUCACCAAUUCAUUUUCACCGGCGCAACCUUCCGAAUGGCUAUGCAACCAUUCGAUCCUUAUUACCUUUACCAGCCAGAUGAACGAAGCAACAUAAACACGCUCUUCGUUUCCGGUUUACCAGACGACGUGAAAGCGCGUGAGAUUCACAACCUCUUCCGCCGUCGUCCUGGUUUCGAUUCUUGCCAACUCAAGUAUACCGGCCGCGCCAAUCAGGUUGUUGCAUUUGCUACGUUUUUCAAUCAUCAGGCAGCAAUGGCAGCGUUGCACGCCCUAAAUGGCGUGAAAUUUGAUCCUCAAUCUGGGUCUGUUUUACAUAUUGAACUUGCCAGGUCAAACUCUAGGAGGAAGCGAAAACCAGGUGGUGGAGCCUACGUGGUUAUAGAUAAAAGGUCAAAGGGGGAAGCCAAUGUUCAGGGAUCGUCAAGUGAUGAUGGUGAAAGUGAGCCUGAUGAACUAUCAGAAAAUGGCAGCGACCAUGGCGAUAUAGCAACCACACAAAGUGGUGAUGCUGUUGUUGGUUCUGACAAUCGUGUACCUGUGGCAAGGGAGAAACAUGGAAAAGGUGGUGGUGAUGGAGGACCAUGUUCCACUCUUUUUAUUGCAAAUCUUGGGCCCAAUUGCACUGAGGAUGAAUUAAAGCAAGCUUUUUCUGGGUAUGCUGGAUUCAACAUGGUCAAGAUGCGUUCUAGAGGAGGAAUGCCUGUAGCAUUUGCUGAUUUUGAGGAAAUUGAUCAAGCUGUUAAGGUCAUGGAGGAGCUUCAGGGAAGCUCACUCUCAUCAUCAGAUCGGGGUGGCAUGCAUAUAGAGUAUCUUCUAACCUACUGGAUUUUAUCAAUUUCUGUUCUGUUCGUAACCCUUAGCUCAAGUGACAAAUGUCAAAAUUCAUGGUGUUCCUGGUUCGAAUUCGAAAUCUACUAUUUGUGUAUAUGAAUUUCUUGUGGUAUCUAUCAUUGUGUUUAGGGGGCUUGGGUAGUGUGCUAGAGGACUUUGAUUCAAUCCUCAAUUCCAUUGUAAGAAAAAUAAAAAUAAAAAUAAAUUAUAACAUUAAUAUAUUCUCAAAGACAAUAAAAACUAUGUGAUAAACUUAUCCAAUAAAUUCCUCAUAAAAAAAAAACUCAUCCAA